UUCAUUUAUGGCUAUCCAGUUCAUUUGGGUUUGCAUAGUUUAGGAUAGUGAGAUUCACAUACAAUUUUGACCCUGGACUGUGUUCCAUUUGGGUUUGAUUGAUCCCUUGCUACCUGUCAUAGCAAUUUUGUGUGGCUUAUAGUUUAGGAAUAUACAUAUAUAAAGGGACAACUCGGAAGUAUGUCGACCUUUCAGUACUAAUGGGGCAACGUUCGGCACCUAGGUCUGUGUUCCCUGCAGUGGGUGGUCUCCUUUCCGGAUAUGACAUUGGCACAACUUCAGGAGCGACCAUAUCUGUUCACUGUCCCAAUUUGCAGUGCAGUUUUCAGAAUCCCAUUCUUAAUGUCCUUUCAGAUGGUAAUUAAUAUGAGUAGUUUUUUCGAGAAAACACAAAGGACCUUUGCGUUUCAUUUCAUUGAAAAAAUAGAAGUUUUUACAGGCCUACUAGGAGAAACGGGAUACAAGAUACGAGCUAGUUAAUGCACAUCCGGUUGUCGGCAACACAACCCAAUGCCAGUUGCCCCAGCUUUGGCCGACACGGCUGCUUCAUCCUUGAUGCUUGCAAGCAGGCCAGCAGUUGAAGGUUGUGCGCCUUCAAAUACACAGCUGUUCCGGUGUUUCCACACCAUCCAUGGGAGAAGCAGGGUUGCAGUAGCCAGCCCCUUGCGCAGAGUUUUGGGUGUGUUCUGACGCUCCUUGAACCACCAUUCGACGAGGAAUGCUUCCUGUGUUGGCGGGGCACAUGUCAUCCGGAGCCAGAACAAGAUUUCCUGCCAUAUUACCAUGGUGAAAGGGCAGGACAGGGUCAGGUGCAGCAUCGUUUCAGGUGCUUGUCCACAGAGCAGGUAUACUGGAUGGUGUUGGAGCCCACGGCGAGCGAGACGGUCAUAUUUAAUUUUCAUGGCUACUCUGAACAUUAUGUUAGCCUUUAGUUGCCUAACAGUUCCUCAAAGUACAUGAGAAUAUGGUGGCCUUUAUACGUUAAAUUCCUGGGCUGAGCUGAAUGACUGCAUGUUGAGUCCAACAAAAUCCAGAUGCCGAUGAGGAUUCUCCUUGCUUUUACAUCUUUCCGCACCUUAACUUUAGCCAAAAGUAGUUAUAGCUUUUUUUUUUCACCAGCAUGGUUUCCCACUUGUUUAACUGUAUCUUGUGUUUUUAGGCCGCUCUUGAUAGUAGGUGAUCUUGUUGAUUUAUAGAAGAGCUGCAGAUGUUUGCAUGAAUUCAUUUAUGGCUAUCCAGUAAAUGUAUGCAUAACCAGUAAUGCUUUUGACUCAGCUCUGUUUUUCACUUAGGUAUAUGCAAAUAUGUAACAUGAAUAGUUAUUUGAUUUUUAACAAACCAGUCUACCACUCCUUUGAUCUUUCUCAAACUUGCACAGCUUGAGGCAAACAUGGAUUUGAUAUACUGCUUUGUGGAGGUCAAAAACCGUAUCAGCUUAUCCUUUAUAUGUUUAAAUUCUGAAAGUUACAGUUCUUUGCAAACACCAGUGCUUGUUUGGAGCAUUUAACACAAGUAGGUCGGUUGUACAAUGGCUGAAGAUUUAAAUUUCGGUUAACAUUUAGAUUGUGAAAUGAUAUAAAAAGUACAAUCUGUUCACAUGAAAGUGACAUGACGAUACUUGUAUAAACAUCGUAUCUGAUCCCAUUUUUAGUAAGCUUCCAUCUGUAGAUACAAUAACUAAUCGAGCUAUAGACAAUCUGAACUGUUGUUCUUAAUUUUUCUGAUUGAAAGUAGUCUGCUCGCAACUUGAAUUGAUGGACUGGUACUCGAAAAAUAUAUGCAGUGCACUGUUCAUAUUCUCCUCAUCUGCCCCUUGCAUUCGCAAAUUUUCACUCAUGCCUGGUUCCGCAGCCAUUUCAGACAUGGACGAGUGCAGCGAGAAGCCUGCGCUGCUCCUGCGGGAACACCUAGGAUUGGGCACCACUGCAGGUGCAUGGCAGCAGGGGCGACGAUCUUGUGUGCAUCUAGGACCAUCUUCGCUUUGCCGCUGCCUACCCCGUCUCCAGGUUGUGUCGCCGUCAUGUUAACUAAUGUUUCUCCAUGUUAUGUGUUACAAACCUUCUUUUGGCGAUAUAAUUUCUACAAAUGUUCUAUUUUUAGAUUUCUUUUGAUGGGCAUUAGUCCACACCUGUCUUGACUUGAAAUAUCGUACAAAGAAGUACAUGCCAUCGUCAUCUUCAUCGUCUUCAUGAUCCAAAGUAUGUCAGCAAUGAGAAAGAAUGUUCUGGCCAAGUGCUAUGCAGUGACAUUACUCGCAAAAAGAAGUUGCUAAAUGAAGGGAAGAAGCGCAUGAAACGAGUAGGAUCCGUCAGUAUUCCUCAAUAAGCAUUCCAUGAGCUACUAAAGGUCUCCGGUUCAAAAUAGUUGAGCUGUAUUUUAGUGUUGUAGCCUCGUAUAGUUAUCUUCUAGAAGGUCUGCAUCAUAGUUCACCGGGAACAUAUAUACUGCUGUUUUGAGUUGAAGAGCGUAGCAGGAUGUUGUGCAUCCAGUUUCCCGCUUAUUCUUUUCAGUAUUUUCGUUCGGCCGCCAAUUAUUUUGGCAAUCACACCGCGCGCGCGAAAAGUACCAGAGCGCGCGAAAAGUCACCGGUUUCCCUCCCAAACCUCAGCCCCGCCCUCCUCCUCGAAAUUAAUAGAGGGAGUAAAACCGCGAGACAGCACUGCGAGGGAAGAGAAGCACGCGUCGCGAGCCUUCUUCCGUUCCAGAGCUUCUACCAGAGCACCAGACGAGUGACGAAGCGAGGUAGAAGGUUCUGCGGCGGAGAGAGAUGGCCGGGAAGGGAGGCAAGGGUCUGCUUGCGGCAAAGACGACGGCGGCCAAGGGAUCCGCCGACAAGGACAAGGACAAGAAGAAGGCGCCCGUGUCCCGCUCCUCUCGCGCCGGGAUCCAGUUCCCGGUGGGCCGUAUCCACAGGCAGCUCAAACAGAGGGUCUCGGCCAAUGGCCGGGUUGGUGCCACUGCUGCUGUAUACUCUGCAGCGAUCCUUGAGUACCUGACUGCUGAGGUCCUGGAGCUGGCUGGCAACGCUAGCAAGGAUCUUAAGGUGAAGCGUAUCACCCCUCGCCACCUGCAGCUUGCCAUCCGUGGAGACGAGGAGCUUGACACCCUUAUCAAGGGCACCAUUGCUGGCGGUGGUGUCAUCCCUCACAUCCACAAGUCGCUCAUCAACAAGACCUCCAAGGAGUGAAUGGAUGCAACAGUGUGUUGUCCCUGUAGUGUAUCUUCGUGACCCCCGUUAUGUUAUGCUUAUUAAGGAUGCCUUUGGAGCAGAUGUAAUCUUGAUGUAGAACUGCUGAUAUCAUAUCCCGUCUUAUUGAAAACUAGCUAAUCUUUGUUUGUUGAGUCU